ACACCUAUCACCUGCAAUAAACCCUCUUCUGCUCUUCUUCUCACAUCAACACCCACCUGAUUACGAUUUGAAGUGCAGGAUGAGCCCUACUCCAGAACCCCCCACGGCCAAAAAGCGCGAGUCCCGUGCUGGGGCGCGUAAAGUGACGUCGCUCUCUGCCGAACAGCUGGAGAGGAAGCGCGCCAACGAUCGGGAAGCCCAAAGAACCAUUCGUCAGCGGACCAAGGAGCACAUUGAACGGCUGGAGCACCAAGUGGCCGAGUUGAAAGCCAAGGGGGAACAAUUUGACGACGUCGUCCGACGGAAUGUGGCGUUGGAACAUGAGAUUCGAGCUUUGAAGCAUCAGCUCGCCCUGGCUGGUAGGCAAGGAUAUUCGGGUAUGGAAGGAACUUAUAGCAAUGCUGCUCCCGGGUCUAUGCUCCCGGCCACGCAGUUUGCAGAGCCUCUGGGGAUGAAUCCAGCUUCUAGGGCCCCCUCCGUCAUCUCCACGUCCAGUCGUGUCUCGGUAGGGUCGGAAUGGCCACCCUAUGGCACAAACCGGUCACCCUCAACAUGCGAAUCGAGCGAGGCGAAUUAUGGGAACCGGGCUGAACCGUACCUGUUCGAAAAUCAACUUCAGCCGGCGAGCGCAAUGUCUGUCGCGCCACCGCAGGUCAGCUACAGCGCGCCUGUCGGUGCCCAGCCAGACCCGACAUUUCAAUCGUAUGCACAGGCAUAUCACACCGGGAACGCCACUCGUGGACCGGUAGAUGACCUAGCACCCCAUCCUCCACAGCCAGUUCAUUACGUGCCUGGACAGCGGCCGAUGUCAGUACCGACAAUACCCACAGAAAGACCGGCAGGAUAUUCUCUCAUGCAUGCGCCGCAGCCAUAUCACCAACAUACGCUUCCACCUCAGACCCGGAAUGACUACGGCUAUGCCUGGAACCCGCAUCAGUCGUGAGACGAUGGACAAGCAAGUGGGUCUCUCACGAAAGGAAAGAGGUUCUUGCAA